CCCCGUGGGCUCGCCCUCUUGGUUGUUGUCGACGUGUUUCUGCUGUCGGAGGUUCGCGUACUUCCUGGUUAUGCAUUCGGGAUAUGUGCGAAACUGAGUGGUCUUCUUAGUAUCGGCGAUUCAGUUAUCGAGUUAAAUGACAAUAAACAUCUUCCAUCAGCAAAGGGACCGAUAAACCUGUCAGCGACUCGUCCUGUGGGGACACAUUUGAACUAUGGCUGCCGCCUGUGACACAGGCGAAAGCGGGGCUGGGCUGUGAUUAUGUGUUUGGAAAAAGUUUUCGUUCGAAAACGAUGAGUUGAAUUAAUGUGUUUGCAAAAAAAGAGAAAGAUAUUUAGCCAGCUGAUCUGGUGGAAGCUCAUUAGUUUGUAGCAAACGAAAAUAUUUCACUUCCUAACUCGCCAACCGCCGUGAUGGGUGGUGUUUGUGUUUUUCUGAGCGAAGCGCCACGUCAUUAGUUUCCGAAGGACACCCGCUGAAUUUGGCUGGAUUAAAAUUCGCCAUACAGUCUGCAUCUAAGGUUUCCCAGCCUCAUAGCUGCCCGACAUCGAAAGUUCAGCAAAUACGAGAGCGCGAAUUUUAACAGCAAGAUGACGGCGUCUAACUGGGGUCUGAUCAUGAACGUGGUCAACAGCAUCGUAGGAGUGAGCGUGCUAACGAUGCCCUUCUGCUUUAAGCAGUGUGGCAUCGCGCUGGGUACGCUGCUGCUCUUCUUCUGUUCGUGGAUGACGCACCAGUCUUGCAUGUUCCUCGUGCACUCCGCCAGCAGCAGCAAGCGCCGGACCUAUGCGGGACUGGCCUUCCAUGCUUAUGGGAAAGCAGGAAAAGCUCUUGUAGAAACAAGUAUGAUUGGCUUGAUGCUUGGAACCUGCAUCGCCUUUUACGUUGUCAUCGCUGAUCUGGGCUCCAACUUUUUUGCUCAGCUGCUGGGUCUUCAGGUGACGGGCAGUUUCCGGGUGCUGCUGCUCAUCGCCGUGUCGCUGUUCAUCGUGCUGCCGCUCAGCCUGCAGAGGAACAUGAUGUCAUCCAUCCAGUCCUUCUCCGCCAUGGCGCUCAUCUUCUACACCCUCUUCAUGUUUGUGAUGGUGCUGUCCUCUUUCAAACAUGGCCUCCUCAGUGGCCAGUGGACGGGGCGGGUCAGGCUGCUGCGCUGGGACGGGCUGUUUCGCUGUCUGCCCAUCUGUGGCAUGGCGUUCGCCUGUCAGUCGCAGGUGUUACCCACCUACGACAGCCUGGAUGAGCCAUCAGUCAAGAGAAUGAGCACCAUCUUCACCUCCUCCCUCAACGUGGUCACCACCUUCUACAUCACGGUGGGCUUUUUCGGCUACGUUAGCUUCACGGAUGACAUUGCGGGGAACGUGCUGAUGAACUUCCCCUCUAACCCGGUGACAGGGAUGAUCCGCGUGGGCUUCAUGAUGUCUGUGGCUGUGGGCUUUCCCAUGAUGAUUCUGCCCUGUCGCCAGGCCAUCAACACCAUGCUGUUCGAGCAGCAGCAGAAGGAUGGGACGUUUGCUGCGGGAGGGUACAUGCCUCCGUUGCGGUUCAAGAUGAUCACCCUCUGCAUCGUCUUUGGCACCAUGCUGGGUGGAAUCCUUAUUCCUAACGUGGAGACCAUCCUGGGACUGACAGGCGCCACCAUGGGGAGCCUGAUCUGCUUCAUCUGCCCCGCCCUCAUCUACAGGAAGAUCCAGAAGAGCCGAUUCACUGCUCAGCUGGUGCUGUGGGUUGGCCUCGGUAUCCUGCUCAUCAGUACCUUCACCACCGUUUCCUUGUCAACCGGCGAUCCCCCCAAAGUCCAGCCCCCUCCCGCUCCUGCCAAUAACCAAAUGGACAAGGACUCUCUUCCUAAUGUCCCAGUGGAGAAGCCGGCGCUGGUGCCGGACGUGGCGGUUCAGGCAGGGAAUCCUGGGGGGGCUGGGCGACCUGUGGGCUGGGAGCCGGCAGAACCCCCCCAGAUCAAAGGCCCCGUGGAGAUACCCAAGAAGGAGGAGAACGUACAACUGGACCGACCCAAUGCAGGUGUAGCAGUGCCCGACGGAGAGGCACAUCGUCAUGAGCCUCCCAUCCCCCACGACAAGGUGAUGGUGGACGAGAAGAAGGACCAGGAGGAGCUGCAGGAGGAAGUGAAGCCUCCUGCACAGGAAGAGGAGUUGUCUGAGCAGGGGGCGGGGAAACCACAGGAAGCCCAGAAUAAGGGUGGGGAGGUGGGGGAGGAGUCACAAGGGAAGAGGGAGGUGGGCCAAGUGGCUGAGAAGGCUAAUGAGGUGAUGGAGAAACCAGCUCCAGUCAAUGAGAAGAAGGAGAAGCCGCCUUACAAGGACCUGGACAACCCUCCUGCUGACAAAGAGGUGCAUGCUGGGAAGGCUGAACAUGUCAGGGCGAAGUCUGAGGAGAUCCCUGAACAGCCUGUUGGGAAACGGGACCCCCCCCUGGCACCCCAGGAGGAGAAGGCGGUGCAGCCUGAGGCACCCCAGGAGCCCAAAGAGCGGAAGAGCCUGGAAGCCAAAGACACCGGCGCCGAAGACAAGAUGGAAGUGAUUAAAAAGCUGGUUGCAGAGGGGCAGUUGGACCACGCUGUGCUUCUGCAGGUCAUUAAGGAACAGCAGGAGCAGCAGAAGAGGCUUCUGGAUCAGCACGAGAAACUGCUCGCCGUGAUCGAAGAACAGCACAAAGAGAUCCACCAGGAUCAGCACCCUGCAGUUGUGGCCCCUGAUGCAGUGGGGGUGGAGAAGACAGGCCAGGGGCCCUUGGAUGGAGCUGUGGGAGGCCAGGGGCCAGCGCUGGACUCUGAGCACCAGGACGGGGGCCCCCAAAAUGCCGCCGCCGCUGCCGAACCCCACAGGCCAGUGAAGGGGAGCGUCGCCCAGCAUGGAGGGAACGCCGCAGGGGAGGGGCCCCCGAAGGUGGCGCAGCCUCACGCAGAUUCCCAAGAUGCCCGUCAGCGGGCCAAGGACAGCAAAGAAGGAAUGGGCGUGGCCAAGCAGGAUCUGAAUGCUGGGGGGGUGGGAGCCAGGGGGGUCCCGCUGGGGGGCAAGGAGGCUGUGGAUUCUGAGCGGGACAAGGAGGGCCCCGCCCACUCAAAACCCCAGCAGGAGGGGGGGCCAGGUGGGGCAGGUCCAGAACAGGACCCGGAGAAGGAGAGAAUCGAAAAGGAGGUGAAGGCCAGAGUGGAGAAAGAGAGGAUAGAGAGAGAGAAGAAAGCCAGAGCACAGAAAGACAGGGUAGAGAAAGAAAAGCAGGAAAAGGAGAGGUUGGAGAAAGAGAAAGUAGAGAAGGAAAAGUUGGAGAGAGAGGAGAAGGAAAAGGUAGAGAGAGAGAGGGAGGAGAAGAUGGAGAGAGAGAGGGAGAAGGCUGGGCGGGAGAAGGUGGGGGAGAAGAGGAAGGGGGUGGAGCAGAGAGAGGGGGCGGAGCAGAGAGAAGGGGCGGCACAGUCAGCCAUUGAGAUUGAGGCUCAGGAGGUUAAGAAUAAGGCUGGGGCAGGGCCAGGAGUGGGGGCGGGGCCAGAGGCGGGGCUGGGGGCGGGGCUAGAACCAGCACACUUGAAGAAGGGGGGGCGGGACCUGAAGGAGGAUGGGGUGGUCCCUCAGCAGGAAGUGGGUGUUGCCGGGGGUGGGGUUGCGGGCCGGGGGCAGGGCCUGGAUGCGGGCGGGGCACAGGGUAACGGGCGGCCGGGAGAGAUGGACCUGAAGCGGAGGAAACGGGCGCUGGUGGGCGGGGCUGAAGGGGCGGGGCUAACAGGACUGCAGCCCCUGCCAGACCUGCAGGCUGCUCUGGAGGCCCAGCUCCUGGGGGGGGCGCUAGUGCACACCCGGCAGAUCAAAGAAGCUCCAGAGCCUGAGAGAGAGAGAUAACACUCCACCAUACCUAGAAAGCACCUCCCCUGCUAACCACCGCCUCACAGAAGCGCCAUGUCCCAGUUUCUGAACAGUGACUCUACUCUCUGUGAUGUCAUUUAUAUUGUGUCCUGUCACGGUCCUCUUAGGCACUUCUUUGGUUCCCAUUUUUCUUCUGAUUGCUCACUGUUGGCUCAGAGGGGUGGGGCUUAAACCAGUGAGGCCCGAGCUAACCAAUCAGAAGCACACGCUGAAGUGUCACACCAAAAGGAGGACUUCCCCCUUUCCACCUGAGCCUGAGGCACCCUGAGGUUUCCACGAGUGGGAAUUGGAUCCCCCAAAUUUGAGAAUUACCACAUUCCCAUGCGUGUGCAUGUGUGCAACAUGCCCCUGUACCCCCUCUUUCAGACCCUUAU